GAUUGGUUGGUCUGGAUACAAGUGAGCUGGCCUGUGAUUGGUCGGUCUGGCUUGGCACCUGCACGGUAUGUUUGUCUGUUGUCCUGACAACCAACCACUCAGCUGGAGCGACCGCCAGAGGAGGAGCUAUUCUGUGAUUUCUGAGCCGUACAAGUGCAUUAUUGUAUUAUUUGUUGUGUCUUAGUGUCUGUGUGUGUUGUUUGUUGUUGUGUGUCUGUGUGUCUGUGCUUUUAUUUCAGGUAACACCUCACUUUCCGGUUAUACCAUCCUUUCCGGAUCAUCCAGUGGUGACCUCUGCUUUCUGUGUCCAACCCUGAAGGUUCCUAUUGAUGACAACAAGAAACAGAAAUCAAGAAAAACACUGAUGGAGCGCCACACUUUUGAAAGGACACCCCACUAUGACUACACGGAUGACGAGAUCUAUGAGAUGACAGAGGCCAUAGACAUUAUUCUGGCAUUCCAGGAAGAAAACAGAGAACAGGGACUAAGGAUCACCCAAUACUAUGAUCAACUCAACAUGGAGGAUUGCGAGGACGAUGACGGGCCCAUCUACAUGAAAAUUGAUGAUGGCAUAUAUUUAGAAAGCGAUGAGGAAGAAGAGGAGAAGAAGGAGAAGGAAAACAAAGAGGAGGAAGAGGAAAAAGAGGAGGAUGAAGGGGAGAAAAAAGAAGAGGAAGAGAAGGAGAAAAAGAAGAAAUAUGAAGAGGAGAAGGAGGACGAAGAUGAGAAGCAGGAUGAAGGGGACAGUGAAGAAAAAAAAGAAGAGAAGGAGGAAGAGAAGGAAAGAAAGGAGAAAGAACAAGUGGAGAAGAAUGAAGGGCAGAAAGAAGCAGAGGAAGAGGUAAAGAAGGAGAAAGAUGAAAAGGUAAUAGAAGAAGAAGAAGAGGUAACUUGCUGCACGUGGUUUUGUACACCAACUAGAGCCUUCAUCAGCAGCGUAACAAACUUUUUCUUUACCUUUACAACCAAAUGUGGAGGACUCCCUUAACAUCAAGUGGAGUCUGGAGGAGGCGCUGUUAAAGAGGUUAUCAAUAGGUAUUACCUUUCUUCCC